AUGGUGGAGACCAACCUGGUGGAGGAGCUUCGGUCUAAGUACAGCUCGUCGGAGACUCCGCGCAAGGAAGGCUACCAACAGCCAAGGGCGGGCUACAGCGGUCACGUGCCAGGCCUGGUCGCGCUGAACCUUCAUGGCGCCACGUGGCUGUCGCUCAUGCAGUCGGUGAAGGGGGCGCAAACGACGCGCAAUGUCGUCGACGAGCUGAACAACUCGUCGCCCGCCCGCAAGAUGCUUCCUCUUGGUUCCAAGGAGGUAGCGGCCUCGCUAGAGCUGGGAAAGAGACUGGAGGGCACCAAGACGUCGAGACCUGGCAGCACAACCUCGAGGAGCAGCAAGCGUUGGUCCCCUCCUGUUGCUGGCUACACCGGCCACGUCCCUGGCUAUGUGGCCAGGAACAUGCAUGGGGCGAGCUGGAAGAUUCUUCUCUCCCCUCGUGUCGUCCCUGCAGAUGAUCUCUACGGCGAGAACGCGAGCAGCGGGUCUGAGAGCGGGAAGUCAAAGGGCUCUGUCGACCCUCCGAAGAUUCCGAAGAUGCUGCUGGGGUACUUGCGCAAGUCUCAGUCGCGCUAA